AUGGGCCAAGAUCAGGUUGGCGACAGCAACGCGAUGCCCAGGGUGCUCCCGGCCGAAGCCCCAGGCAACCAAGUCCAGCCUUCCUCGGAGCUGUCGAUCGGGGUCCAGAGUCACUCGGCGGGAGAAGCAGGAGCUCGCGGCACCACGUCAUGGCACGGCAUGGACAGCGUCGAGUUCAUGCAGAGCGGCGGCUACUCGACCGGCCACCAGUUCCCGACCGACCACGCCGCCUUCCUACCCUACACCGUCUCCGAGGAGCACAGCCAGGCCGGAGGGGCGUCACAGACCCUCGGUGCCGACGGCAACGACAUGGCCGCCAACUCGGAGCUGUUCGGCAGCACUUCGGCCGCCUCUGGCUUCUCGGCCUCGCACGAAUCGCAGCUCAACGGCGCGCUGGGUCACAAGGGUCGAUUCGCUGCCACCUCGCUGCCGACACCGCCGGACAGCCACCGCCGGCCGCAUGCGAGACAGGUGGCCACAACCGACAUGGAUGUCGACAUUGCGGCCGACAACGUCAGCGGCCACGGUGGCAGCGGCGGCGAUGUGCCCGCUUCUGGCGAGGGCGAUGGCAAUGGCAAUGGCAAUGGCGACAGCGGUGCUGCCGCCAUUGCGCAUGGCGCCGGCGGUGAGACGCGGCGGCGACCCCUGCAAGGCCUGUCCACCAACCCCAAAGGGCCCGCCGACGGCGAGAUGGCCGACGACAACGAGGUCGAGAGCCCCUCGCCACUGGGUUUCAUCCAGAAGCGCAUGUUUAUGCAACAGGGCUCGCCGACGCCUGGGCAGCGAAGCUUGCACCUGGGCAGGGUCGGAGAGUCUACGAAUCGCGCAGGCGGCGGCGGCGGCUCGCGGCCGUUCCUUUCCCAUCGCCCGAGCCAGAGCCUCGGUCAGGCAGGCUCGAUGAUGUCGGGCGGCAACCCAGGGGAUGGCUCUGCGAUGCGUUCAGAGAACCUGCACAUCAGCGCGCCGGUCUCGCCCGUCGAGGCUGGGUCGCAAGGCACCUUCCCGGCUAUGAUGCCGUUUGGCCCGAACCAGCAGCACGACACGCGGCAUGCUCACCAGGCGAUGCUCGGCCAUGGACAUCCAAUCUCGCCCGGCGUCCUGCAGCAGUCGCAGGGGCAGCAUCAGGACCAGAUGCAUGGCCAUCGUCACAUGGCAUCCCAGCAGGAGCAGUCUCGGCAGACUUCGGGCCACUCGAUCCGCUCCAUCUCGCCGUCCAACAGCAUAGCCUCGACCGCGAUGACGUCGUUGACGUCCAUGUCGGGCCAGCACGGGCAGUGUUCCAUCUCGCCGCUCGGCAGCGCCCGAUUCUACCCGGACGCCUCCUUUGGCUCGCAGGACACGUCGACCGACAGCAUCUCCAACGCCCCUUCGACGUGCGUCAGCCGGGCCUCGUCGACGUCCGACGAGCUGCUGUCGCACGACUUUAGCAACGGCUUCGUCCCUCCGUCGCUGCGCAUGUCGAAGCGCAAGCGCAAGCUGCUCAACAUCGACCGCAAGCUGAUCUGCGACUUCCAGCUGGCCAACCCCGACGCCAAGCAGGACGCCAUCGCAGCCAAGUUUGGCAUCGAGAGGAGCACCGUCAGCAAGAUCCUCAAGCAGAAGCACAAGUGGCUCGCCAUUGACCCGAGCAGCGAGGCCGCCAGGAUCGCCAAGCACCGCACCGCCAAGUUCCCCGAGGUCGAGGAUCGGCUGAGCGAAUGGGUGAUGCGGACCACGGCCGAGGGCAAGCCCGUCCAUGACGCCAUGAUCCGCUCCGAGGCGCUCCGGAUCGCCAAGGAGAUCGGCCUCACCCUCGACAAGUUCAAGGCCUCGGGUGGCUGGAUCGAAAAGUUUCGCGAGCGCAACCAGCUGCCCAAGGCCAACACCACGAGGGACAUCGACGCAUCCACCAGCGCCUCGCCGUCGGGGUCUAGGCUCCCCACUCCGGACGGCGACGCCGACAUCGAUGCUGAAGCUGAUGCUGAUGCCGAUGCCGAUGCCGACGGCGAUAUCGUGUGCGACGACGGCCCGUCCAGGGUGAAGGGCGAGCACGUCGGUGCGGGCCGUGCCUCGAGGUCGGCCUCCGCAGCAGCGGCUUCCACGGCUGCUGCCGCCACCGCCGCUGCGGUCCCAAGCCAUGAAGGCUCAGCUCGUGCUCUGACGCCUUCGGCCUCGGAACGGGCGGCAGCGACGCAGCAUGACGGCCAUCACAGCGUCUCGGGCCAGACGACGCCCACGUCGAGCCAGAAGCGCCGCUUCGAGGCGAUGGCCUCUGCUUCGUUUGCGGGCUCGGACCACGUCUCGCCGCUCAACUCCAACCUCGCCCGGAUGCAGUUUGGCCAACAGACGAACGCGGGCCAACAUGAAGGCUUGUCGCCCGAGUUUGUCCAGCACAUGGCCGCUCAGCAGCAGCAGCACCACCACCACCAGCACCAUCAGCCGCAGGGUGGUCAUCCGUCGCUUCAUUUCCAGCAGUCGAACGGCAGUCUACCGCCCCACGCCGCCGGAUUCUUCCCCAGCCGCGCCUUUGUCGACGGCGCGGGCGCGCUGCAUAGCUCUCAGGACAACCCGUUCCUGCUACAGAUGCAGGGCGUCGGUGCCGGACCCGCUGGUGCAGGCGGGGAUGGCGAUGACAGGGCCGGGGUCGCUGCCAAACGGCGCCGGGCGGGUCCGCAAGCAGCGCGGGUCGAGUCGCACCCAGUGCUGGGCCCGCCCUUCGGCGGCGACCGGCCGGACCCGAGGGCGGUCAUGAACGCUUUCCAGUUCCCCGCCACGCCCGACAACAAGCUGCGGCUGCGUGAGAGCUCGAUGCACAGCCGCCCCGUGUUUGAGACGCCCGGCGGCUCGCCCUCUCCCUUGCCUCAACGCCCGCACGAAGGAGCGCCGAUCUCGCCAGCCUCCACGGAUGGGCAGACGACCGCAGCCGCCGGCAAAGCCGGCAGCUCCACCGGUGGCGCGCGAAAGGCAGGCCAGGCGUCGAAGCCACGGCAGAGGAAAGCGUCGACCUCGCCGGUCAAGCGGUCCAGUCGAAGAGGCCACGUCCCCGGGGCAUCGUCGCCCCUGACCAGGUCGCCGCACGGCAUCACGGCUUCGAUCGAGGACGAGGCUGACUGCGGCCCGGGGAUAUCAGCGGGCGAGUCUCCAGCGGGGCAAGCCCAGGCUGCACCGUCGAGAUCGUCGCCGCUGCCCGCAGGCCAGGCUGCCGGCCAGGAGCAGUCGAUUGUGACGGCCGAGCAGGCGCAACAGUCGUUGGACCUGGUGCUGCGUUUCCUCGGCGAGCAGUCGAGCAACUUUGUGCCCUCGAGCCACUUUGUCGUCUUUGGCCACCUGCAGGCCAACAUCGAGCAGUUGAUCCGGGAUCGCAACGGAGCCGGCGGCGCGACGUCGUCUGGCGCCCAGUCGACGGCGCCAUCCUCGAGGCCCAUCUCGCCGACCGCCGCGGCCGUCCACAGCGAGCAAUAG